AUGCUUGAACUGUUACAGCAAUUCCAAAGUGAUUGGUGGUUGAAUGAUCGACAACCAUUAGUACUCAUUCAACGUAAUCUUGAUGGUCAGAUCUUUAUUGGUACAAUGCCAUGUGUUCAUCCUGUAUCAGUGAAAUUCUCCACUGAUCUGAAGAAGUGGUUGCUAGUCAAUACACGAACAACUCCAUUAUUAUCGAAUGUCAAGCAUCUUAAUAUGAACUCAUGUGAUCUUGAUGGAGUAAAUGCGUGGACAUUGAUAAUGUGGCUUAUAAUAUCACCAAAUGUGACAAAAUUAUCUCUAAGAUUGAAAAAUAUUGCAGAUAUAAUGCAAAUCGGUAAUGAAUUGACUGAUUUGGUCAAAACAGAUGAAAGCUUGAGAUUGGUUUUUUACCGAAUUAAAACAGUCAACAUCUUACCACAUCAAGGCCAAUGUGAUGACAUGUUAAGAUUUGAUAUGUUCUUGAUUUUUGCUGAUCUCUUUCCAAGAGCAUUCUUCCCUUAUCUAUAA